AUGCAAGCAUUCGUGCCAAAGAACAGGAGGCCCCGAUUUGAGCUUGUUUUGAGGAUCACUGAUAUCAACAAUGUCCCCCUUGGAAACAGUGUGGUCUGGGUGAAAUGGCGCCUACCAUCAUCGAGUGCCACUGAGCAUCAAGGUCAUACUGAAAAAGUACAUUUAGCUGAUCAUCGUGCUUACUGGAACUAUGAAAAAGCUCUUUCAGUGAGACUCACCAUAGACAAAAACUCGGUGCUCCAAGAAUGCGAUAUCAACUUCGAGGUCAUCCAAGAGUUCCACUCUUCCCCCACUUUGGAAAAGAAUGUGUUGGGCAAGAUCAAAUUGAACCUUGCUGAAUAUGUCGAUAAAGUGGAGGAAGAUGAAGGAGUGGUCAGACGAUACCUGAUGUUUGAUAGUAAAGUGAAUAGCACUCUCAAAAUCGGCAUCACUCUGCGCCAGACGGAAGGAGAUCGCAAUUUUACAACCCCAACUUUAAAAUCUCCAACAGUAUUUGGAGGUAUCGCAAGAGUUGUCCAUGCUGCUGAGCCUGGAGAUCCUGAAGAUUUGGGAAACUUGCCAUCAAUCAACAGCAAAACAAAAGAGCUUGCUGACAUGCAAGACAUGUACCGGCGCACUUUGGCAGCCUCAUGGAUUUCUCGAGCAGGUGACCUACCAGCAGAUAAAAUGGUGGAGGAAUUAUUUGCUGGAAGCUCAUACUGGAAUAAUGAAAUCCAUGCCGUGAUGCAAAAUCCUACAGAAGAGCCAAGUCAAUUUCUGGAAAUGGUGGAGGCCAUAGAGAGACAAUCACGCACGAUGAAAGGACUGUCUCCUAACUUUGAGAAGCGCCCUAGGAGCUCUUCCUCACACAAAGGUGGGAAAAAGCCAGGUUUUCUUGCUACUGCUAUUGAACAUCACCGACAGGGUAGUAGUAUCGAGCAGAAACUAUAUGAUGGAAACAGCAAAACGUGGAAGAACCGCAGUCCUGCUGAUGAGAUCUCCGAGUUUGAUGUGCGAGAGGAUCUGCGAAGCUGGGAGAUUUCAGCAAAAAAGUAA